GGGCAGCAGGAGCUGGUCGCAUAUAAGUGUGUACCCGGGGCCGCCGGGGGUCCAUACGUCGCUUCCCUUCCGAGCUGGUGACAACGACUCGACUUGAACCAUGCAGGUCCUGAAGGCCCUCUUCCUGGGGGUGUUGCUGCCCGCCGUGCUGUGCGCGCCGCAGCCCGACCAGCGCGUCGUGUCCCUGGAGGACGUGACCGGCACCACCGCGCGCUCGCCCAUCGCUGCUGCAGCGGUGGCGGCCCUCGGCGCCACGAACAUUGGCUACGACCAGAACGGCUACAAGCCCGCGCAGGGUGGCGGCAUCGUCUCCCUGGAGGACGUCACCGGACAGGUGGAUGAGACUGUGCCCGUCUUCGGCCACCCUCUCCCCAACCUGGUGCCGCCCCAGCAGCGACCACAGCACCCGGGUCAGCAGCAGGGUGGCGUCGUCUCCCUGGAAGACGUCACCGGCCAGUUGGACCAGACUGUGCCCAUCGGCCACCCCCUCCCUCUGUUGCCGCCCCAGCCUCGUCCACCUCACCCACUGCGCCCGGGUCAGCAGGGCGGCGUCGUGUCCCUAGAGGACGUCACCGGGCACGUGGACCAGACCGUGCCCGUCAACCGUCCGUUCGCGCAGCGUCAACCCGGCCCGCUGUAUCCCGCUCAGCAGGGCGGCUUUGAUGGACCCGUCAGGCCACACCGACCUGGUGGUCACCCUUACCGGGGCCAGUACGAGCAGACCUCCGUCGUCUGCGUGGAGCAGAACGCCCGCCCGUACGACGCAAGCGUCCCCUUCGGCGGCUACGUCUCCCGCCCCAACACCUGGUACGACAACGAGGUGCCCCAGCACGACGCCGUCGGCAGCCCCAGGCCGCCCCGGGCCCUGAGCCGCUCGCGCCGCUCCCCGAAGCCCAUCGGCGUCGUCUCCCUGGAGAACGUCGCGGGCCCCGUCGCCGCGCACUACCCGGCCUACGGACCGCCGGCCUACGUCCGGCCCAACUACUACAACAACUACUACAACGGCGGCUACAAUGGCGGCUACUACGGCGGCUACUACAAUCGGCCGCGGCCCUACGUGUACGCCGUGCCGUGCAUAGGAGGCGUACCCAUCUCUGACGAACCACUCGGGCGCAGGCCUCUUCUGCCUGUGAUCGACGCGACGACGGCGACCUGGACCGCGCCCGCGCCGGCGGACCACGCGCGACGACCCGGAGGCGCCAGCGAGAGGCUGGAGGAGGAGUACUACACGGACUACGUGCCACGGGAGUUCAUUCGACGAUGACGACGACCUGACGACGACCACGCCAGGACCACCACGAUACAUUGACAUGACGGCAGAGUAAUUGUAAUUAUUUGUUAUUAUUUUUGUAAUAAAAACGAAAAAAACAAAGAA